GACGUAUGACGCACGCCCCACCCCCUCUGCCUCUUUUGGUCAUUGUUCAGCUUGAGCUAGCUAAUGUGCUAGUCAGAGACUAGCCUAACCCACAAAUAGGUUUUAACUUUUCAUGCAUACAUACAAGGCCGUUUAAGUUUAAAACGGACAUUUGAGAACUUACCAAAGCAACAAUGAGCAAGAGGAAAGCGCCACAGGAAUCCCUCAAUGAGGGAAUAACAGACUUUCUUGUCGAGCUGGCCAAUUACGAGAAAAACGUCAACAGGGCAAUACACAAGUACAAUGCUUACAGGAAAGCAGCAUCUACCAUCUCCAAGUACCCUAACAAAAUCAAAAGUGGUGAAGAGGCCAAGAAACUGGAUGGUGUUGGAGCUAAAAUAGCUGAAAAGAUUGAUGAGUUCUUGCAAACUGGCAAACUACGGAAACUGGAAAAGAUCCGUAACGAUGACACCAGCUCAUCCAUCAAUUUCCUUACCAGAGUCACUGGAAUUGGCCCUGCGGCUGCCAGGAAGUUUUUUGAAGAAGGGGUGAAGACGUUAGAAGAUUUGAAAAAGAUUGAGCACAAGCUAAACCAUCAUCAACAGAUUGGACUCAAGUACUUUGAAGAAUUUGAGAAAAGGAUUCCACGUGCUGAAAUGGAACAGAUGGAGACUCUUAUUCUUGGAGAGUUGAAGGAGCUCGAUACAGAAUAUAUUGGGACAAUCUGUGGAAGCUACAGGAGAGGUGCAGCAUCGAGUGGUGAUAUUGAUAUUUUGCUGACCCACCCAGACUACACCUCUCAGACUCAGAAGCAGCCCAAGCUCCUCCAUGCCGUCGUCGAGCAUUUGGAGUCUAUUGGGUUUGUGACCGACACCCUGUCUAAAGGAGACACCAAGUACAUGGGAGUCUGCCAGCUGCAAUCGAAUGAUGAAGAUGAGGAAGAAUACCUUCACAGGCGUAUUGAUAUUAGGCUAAUUCCCAAGGACCAGUACUACUGUGGAGUUCUUUAUUUCACUGGAAGUGAUAUCUUCAAUAAAAACAUGAGAACUCAUGCUCUGGAGAAGGGCUUCACUCUCAAUGAGUACACCAUUCGGCCAGUUGGGGUCACUGGUGUUGCAGGCGAGCCUCUGUUGGUGGAUAGUGAGAGAGACAUCUUUGAAUACAUUCACUACAAAUACAGAGAGCCCAAAGAGCGCAGCGAGUGAAGUAAAGAACAGCUUACAGUUACAUCUGUAUUUGAAGCUACAGCUUUCCUGCAAACGAGAAGCAUGUGUACCAAUUUGUGUGUUAGUAUUCUAUUCAACAAUGUUAUUGAAAAGAACGGGGAAAGUAAUUUCAAUUUUUGUACUGGUCUUAAAAUGAAAUCAUCCCCUUUAAUUUCUCUGCAAAAGAAAAUUAUUUUUUUGUAUCUUCAGUUUCUCUCCUUAAUUCUCUCGGUUUAAUGGUAUAUGGUAUCUUUGUCAAGGCUUUCAGGCUCCAUAUUUAAGCUUUUUUUGUUUAAAUCAUGUUUAAAAACUUAACUAAUUUAUUUUUUGACUACAUUUUUCAUUUUAAGGAUUAUACCAUAAUCUAAGAGGAACUCAAAGAACUAGCUUCUGUUAGAGUUGUUGGUCCAUCAUGAAUGAGGAGGACCACUUUCAUCUAGGCAUUGGGCCUUGACAGUGUUGCCCUUUAACUCUUUGGCUGAAUUGUGCAAAGUGUUUUAAUGUAAAAUUGUUACGCAUUCACCAUGAACAUUUAAGAGUGUGUAUUUUUAAACUUAUAGUAUUUCUCUUCUAAGUUGGGGAAACUAAAUAUUUGGAAAGUAAAAAAUGCAAUGAGGCAAAUGCUAUUUGUGGUUAAUGGGCUCACUUUCUGCAUAUGAAUGCUAAUUUGGCACAAAAACAUCAUAGAAACAUUUUCUCAGUUAAUUGAUGUGUGAAUAUAUGACUGUUACACUGGUAGACUUGAAUCUUUUGUAUGUGGUUGUGUGAAAAUAACGUGUGUUAAGUCAAGACAUAAUUGUAUCUUCAGUAACUUUUAUGGGAGGCAUUUUAAAAGCAGCAGAUUAAAGAAUUUGGUACCUGAAAUAUGGCUACAGUGUACCCGGGAGACAGAUUGUAAUCUAUAACACACAAUUUGAAGAUUAAGAUUUGGAUUCAGUUUUGUAUGUGGAUGAUUGCAAACAUUUCUCAAACUAUUUAAAACAAAAAUAAAACAAUGGAAGACUGUGUUUUUGAAUAUCACAUUGUUUACUUUGAGUAUUUAUGAGUAAAAUAAAUGGAUAAAGAAA